UUUGUCGCUAUCAAACUUCCAGCUUCUGCUGAUAAACAAAAAGGAAGGAGUUUUUUCUACUUUGAUUCAAGACAAGAGGGAUGGAUAAAGAGUAAACUACUUAUUACUAACAAUAGAUCUGCGAUUGGAGCGACGAUCAGCCAACUAUACGGGAUUGACGAGGGGCAUACUUUUGCUAUCGCAUACAAUGAUGACAGUCCAGAUGGCCCUGUGGAGGGUAAGCGUGGUCAUAGUAAGGGAGUUGCGGUAUUCGACGAAAAUGUUGGGUUUUGGAUGGUACACAGCGCGCCAAACUUCCCUCCUUCUAGUGGUGAGUGCUGA